UACCUUCAGUCAUCUGAACUAAAGACACUAGGAAAUCAAACAUGACAAUUUCAACAACAUCCGGUCCACAUCUCUCCCAAGAGUUGCUUGAAAGCUUCCAUCCAAGAAAGCUUCUCCUUCAUGCCUCUCUUUACCCAAUAGAAACCCCAGCAAUUUCCCCAGCUCCACAGCACAGUUAUUCCAACAACAACAACUUACAUGCAAAUGAACGCAUUGUUAUCUUGGUCCUCAUUUGCACCAUCAUGUCCUUUUGUGGGGUGUUUUGUUUUUUCAAGUGUUCGAUUAGGGGCUCAACUUCUCCUUCAGCCAAGUUAUUCAAUGUAGGAGUUAAGCAGAAAGCCUUGAAUGCCUUCCCUAUUGUGAAAUACGCAUCAGAUUCGAACCUGCCUGGCCUAGACACCGCUUGUGUUAUAUGCUUGUCGGAGUUUGUUACCGGGGAGUGUCUACGGAUUUUGCCAAAGUGCAACCACGGAUUUCAUACUCGUUGUAUCGAUAUAUGGCUUAGUUCACAUUCUUCAUGCCCUACAUGCAGGCACUGCCUGACUGAAACGGACCAGAAGACCGAUAACUACGGCCGGGUAGAGACUCUGCCGGCGCAGGAAGCCAUGAACAUAGAAGAGAACUAGAAAUUGUGCAUAAUUAUAGGGAUAACUAG